GCCCGCGCCCGCCCCACGCCCCGGCGCCCUGUCGUCUCACCCCGAUGGCUCGAUGCCUCUCUGACUCCCACCCUCGUCUCGUUUCUCGUCUUGGCCAAUAGAAAAAGCCGCAAAAGUAAUCGCGAAAAGAGAGAGAGAGAGAGAGAGAGAGAGAGGAGGGGAGAGAGGGAGAAAAAAAAUCCCCGUCCAGGCGUCCACCGUCCGCCGCCGCGCACCACCGACUUCCCCGGUGGGAGCCGGCGCGAGUGCUGGGAUUCAGUGAGACAGGCCGGGCGGGGCGGGAGCGGGCGAGCGAGGAGCCAGAUCGAGCGGGGAUGAUGACGCCCAGCCCGACGAAGCCGGAGGCGGGGCCCGCGGAGGCGGCGGCGGCAGCGCCGUCCAAGAAGAAGAGGAACCUCCCCGGCACUCCAGAUCCGGACGCCGAGGUGAUCGCGCUGUCGCCGGGGACGCUGCUGGCGACGAACCGGUUCGUGUGCGAGGUGUGCGGGAAGGGGUUCCAGCGUGACCAGAACCUGCAGCUGCACCGCCGCGGGCACAACCUGCCGUGGCGGCUGCGGCAGCGCGGGCCCGGGGCGGCGCCGCCGCGCCGGAGGGUGUACGUGUGCCCGGAGCCCGGCUGCGUGCACCACUCCCCCGCGCGCGCGCUCGGGGACCUCACCGGGAUCAAGAAGCACUUCUGCCGCAAGCACGGGGAGAAGCGCUGGGCGUGCCCGCGCUGCAGCAAGCGCUACGCCGUCCAGGCCGACCUCAAGGCGCACGCCAAGACCUGCGGCACCCGCGAGUACCGCUGCGACUGCGGCACGCUCUUCACAAGAAGGGACAGCUUCGUGACGCACCGCGCCUUCUGUGGCGCCCUCGUCGAGGAGACCGGCAAGGUGCUCGCGGUGCCGGCGCCGCCAUCACCUCGGCCUCCUGAUUUGGAGGCUGAGGAGAACGUGGAGAAGGACAAGGACAUGAGGGAAGAGGAGGUGAAUGAGAAUUCUGCUGUGGCUGAGAUGGAGCAGCCUCCACGUGCGAAGGCGGUGAUUGAGGAGCCGCAGCCCAUUCCGUCUCCACCUCCAUUGCCACAGGACCCGCAGAGCAGUCCGUCUCCGCCUCCAUUGCCACAGGAGCCACAGCCCAUUCGCGCACGGCUUCCCUUUCCACAGGAGGAGCAGCAAGUUGUGGCAGUGGUGCCAAUUAUGGAUGAGCAAGAGGUAGUUGCUGAUCCAACUGUGCUUGCCAAGCAAGAGGUGGAGGCUGAUCAAGAUGAAGAUCCUUGCUUUCAGGAAGCUGAUCAAUACAAGGAUGCUGAGCUUGAGGGCUCCAAUCUGCUGGACAAAGACACUACGAUGCUUCCUUGCUUCCUCCCUUCACCAUCCGAGGCCAUUGGUACCGAUGGCAGCAGCACUACCUGUGGCGCAGGCGGCAGUGUUACCCAUUCCAUCGCUCCAUCUACAACAACCAACACCUUCGCCAGUCUGUUUGCAUCAGCCACGACAAGCACCACUUCCCAGAGCAGAUCUCUGCGUGAUCUUAUCGGUGUUGAUCCCACCUUCCUUUGCCUUGCGAUUGGUGCACCCUCCUCUCUGUUCCCACAGACAAACACAAGCAACCCCUGCACCUUUGCUCCACCUCCAGCACCGCACAUGUCCGCGACCGCACUCCUGCAGAAGGCUGCUGAGGUUGGAGCUUCGCAGUCAAGCUCAUCAUUCCUGAAGGAGUUUGGGCUUGCCUCUUCCUCCUCGUCAUCACCUCCAUCAAACCAACUACCUCAAGGAAGGUUCACUGAUAACAGCGUGCGGCAGUGGCACCACUGGAGCAAUCAGCAAAUGGAGAUGGAGCGCCGCCAUAGUAAUCAGCAAAUGGAGAUGGGGCGCUACCGGAGUAAUCAGCAAAUGGAGAUGGAGUCCAGGCCAAUGCUACCAAGCGGUCUAGGCCUUGGCCUCGCUUACGAAAGUGGAAAUUCAGGGUUGCCGGACUUGAUGAUGGGACCAUCACCACUGUUCGGUCCCAAGCCUGCUACUCUGGACUUCCUUGGGCUUGGCAUUGGAGGGACCAUGAGCGGCUCCACGGCCAAUGGUGGCCUCCCAGCAUUGAUGGUUGGAGGAGAGCUGGAUGUGGGGUCUUCUGCGCAGGUGCCCGCCCCAUGGGAGGAUGCCAAGAGAAAGACCAACGGCCGCACAAUCCUGUGAGGUUUUCUUUUUGUAACCUUAGGGGUCCUGUGCUUCGGCUCAUUCUUUCCUUCAGCAGCCGUGUUGGUAGAGCUAGAACUCUGUAAGAUGCAGACUUGUAUAUAGCUCGAUGCUUCUUCCAAUCCUGCCUUCUGUCGAAGUUGUUAUUAUAGCGGAAAUUCGAUCCUGGGAAGAUAUCGAUGGAACCUGACCUCGACCUGAUCGUGAUGGCCCGUUCCUUUCAACCGUUGUAAUGAAGUAGUAACAGGGUAAGUAGUUGCUUUUAUUACCGGAAAGAUGCGGUGCUAAUCCAGUAAUCCUGUACUAUUUUUGGAAAAAAGAAAAGAUUUGAGAUUAGGACAGCGAUGCUCACACGGGAAACGUGUGUUUACUGUUGCUACCAGUCGGCACGGUUAAUAUCGGCCGGUCAGCAAACUUCUUCAGGACCCUUGGUACUUUGGAGAACUUUUCUUGUUA